UUCGCGCAGCUCGGGUGUAGUCGGGCUUUUCCCGUGUAAAGGAACUGUCAGUCAAACCCACCUCUGCGAGCAGAAGAGAGCCUUGCACAGCAGAGAGAGAGAGAGACACACACACAGAGAGAAGCAGUCAGCAUGGCCACGAUAACGUCCACCCGAUUCAGUGAGGAAUAUCAGAUGUAUGAAGAAUUGGGAAAAGGAGCCUUCUCAAUUGUCAAGCGCUGCGUGAAGACUUUAACGGGGCAGGAAUAUGCAGCGAAGAUCAUUAACACGAAGAAGCUGUCAGCCCGGGAUCACCAGAAGCUGGAGAGAGAAGCUCGGAUAUGCCGUUCCCUCAAGCACCCCAACAUCGUGAGACUACACGACAGCAUAUCUGAGGAGGGGCACCACUACCUGAUCUUUGACUUGAUAACAGGUGGAGAGCUGUUUGAAGAUAUUGUGGCUCGGGAGUACUACAGUGAGGCUGAUGCCAGUCACUGCAUCCAGCAGAUCCUGGAGGCUGUCCUUCACUGUCAUCAGAUGGGGAUUGUGCAUCGAGAUCUCAAGCCAGAGAAUCUGCUUCUCGCCUCCAAGAACAAAGGGGCUGCCGUGAAACUUGCCGACUUUGGCCUCGCCAUCGAAGUUGAAGGGGACCAACAGGCUUGGUUUGGCUUUGCUGGCACCCCUGGGUAUCUCUCUCCUGAGGUCUUGAGGAAAGAUCCCUAUGCUAAACCCGUGGACCUGUGGGCUUGUGGGGUCAUCCUCUACAUUCUGCUGGUCGGUUACCCUCCGUUCUGGGAUGAAGAUCAGCACAGGCUCUACCAACAGAUCAAAGCUGGAGCCUACGAUUUCCCGUCUCCAGAGUGGGAUACGGUGACACCUGAGGCCAAAGAUCUCAUCAACAAAAUGUUGACAAUCAACCCUGCCAAACGCAUCUCUGCUGCUGAGGCCCUGAAACAUCCCUGGAUCUCGCACCGAGCCACGGUGGCAUCUUGCAUGCACCGGCAAGAGACUGUUGACUGCCUGAAGAAGUUCAACGCUCGGAGGAAGCUGAAGGGUGCAAUACUCACUACAAUGUUAGCCACACGGAACUUCUCAGGAGGGAAGAACUCUGGUAACAGGAAGGCUGAUGGAGUGAAGGAGUCCUCGGAAAGCACCAACACUACGAUCGAGGAUGAGGAUACCAAAGUCCGUAAACAGGAGAUCAUCAAAGCCACCGAGCAGUUGAUCGAAGCAAUCAGUAAUGGAGAUUUCGAGGCCUAUACGAAAAUGUGUGACCCUGGAGUGACUGCAUUCGAACCUGAGGCGUUGGGGAACCUGGUGGAGGGACUCGAUUUUCAUAGAUUUUACUUCGAGAAUCUAUGGUGCAAGAACAACAAACCGAUCCACACCACUAUCCUGAACCCCCACAUCCAUCUGAUUGGGGAGGAGGCUGCCUGCAUCGCGUAUAUCCGCAUCACGCAGUACAUCGACAGCAACGGCAUCCCGCGCACCGCCCAGUCUGAGGAGACCAGGAUCUGGCACCGCCGUGAUGGCAAAUGGCAAAUCGUCCACUUCCACCGAUCGGGAGCUUCAUCUGCCCUGGCCUACUGAAGCCUCUCCACCCUGUCCCAUGCUGCUAUCCAUGACUGACUUGCACGCCAGUAAGAUAUCUCCCUGUCACCUCCCCGCUGGACUCUUGCUUCCCCUGGGGGAGAGGCGGAUUGCUUGGUGGAAUCACGGCCGAGUCGGACGAGUCCCCUCUCUCGCAACCCCGCGUUUAGCAGAGAGAGUGAUGAAUUUCAUAAUACAUCAUCCUUUUUUGGUACCCUGAAAGGCAAUAUCUGUCGUAACGGCAUGUUUACAGCGAUACCUAUAAUUCCAAUCUGUUUACAGUGUAGGUGUAUUUUUAAAUCGUGAUAAUCCAGUGAUUUUUUGACUUGGCUGAGAUGCAUGUUUUUAAUCUAUAACGCUAGAACGCUAGGUGCAAAAAUUAAUUCUAGCAUUUGCAAUUUAAACAUGGACUUGGGGAGGGGGAAUUAAAAUUUUAUACAGUUCAUUCGUGGCAGUUUUAAUCGAGAGAAUGCAUCACAGAUUGUGCACUGGUAGAUUUCUUGUUUCAAUAAGGCUGCAUCAGUUAGUAACACUGAGGUCGGAAUGCCUAACACUGAGGGAUUCAGCAGACAUUUCCUGGGAUAGGAUCUAUCCGAUCCUUCUGUCACACCUCACCUGCGACUGAAACAGUUUUUAAGAGCUUUUUUUUAAAUCAUUACCGUGGCUCCAAGAUCUCAGGAGGGAACCGAGUCCUGGUUUCUGAGCUGCCAGCUGUUGUGAGGGGACUCGAGUGUAAUCCCUGAGCCCUCAUUUUCACUUGGAGAACAAUGAUUUUCAACGCAGUUUGCACAUUUGCAAAUUGUAGAUCUUCCAGAUGAGCUUCCUCUGAUCGUUGUGACGUCAGUUUUCUGAGCCUUCAGAACCCCCCAAGAACCAGGGCUGAUUAUCUCCCCUUUCCCUCUCCCAGGGAUGCCUGGCCUUGGGCAGUUUUUGCCUCCUCAUGGUUUGAUCCCGCUCUGGGCCCUGGCUGUAUUGGGACUCAGUGUGACCGAGUUAAAUCGGUGUCAUUUCAGUGUGAUGGAGAACAGGCAAGGAAUUAGACAACGUUUAACCUUAUUCACUGCUGGAAGUGGCGUCCAAAGGCUAACAGGCUUCAGCGCGUCUGGCUAAUUGGUCAGUGAAGAGAGUUCCUGUUCAUCUCCAGAACCCAACCUUCCCCACGUGGCCAAUGCACUCUCCUAAUAACACACCCCAGCAGAACACAACCCCCACCCCCUUCUCUUCACUCUUCAAUGGUCACUCAAGAUCACAGAAAAAAGAGGAGGCCCUUUGGUCCUGUUCCCCAGAGUCCUGCUGCUUUUUGGUAACUUGGUUUAAUAUUGUCACAUGUACCGAGGUACAGAGAAAAACUUUGUUUUGCAUGCCAUCAUUUCAUUACAUCAGUGCAUUGAGGUAGUACAAAGGAAAACAAUAACAGAAUGCAGAAUCGAGUGUUGCAGUUACAGGGAAAGUGCAGUGCAGGUAGACAAUACCAGAAUCUCUCCUGAAAGCUCCUGAUGAAUCUGCUCCCAAUAUCCUUUCCAGCACUGGUCACUGAUCAGAGCAAGCAGCCACAUACAAAUGUUAACCCCCUCUGGAAGUUUUUGCAAACACACUUAAAUCUGAGAUCUCUUGCCUCACCUGCGAUCACUUGCAAUUCUUUGCAAGGGUGUCAAAUCCACAAUGUAUGCCUAACCACAGUGACGCUGGGAUACCAGGUUAAAGCGGAGAUCUCCUCAAGCCUUUGCUUGAUAGAGUGAGGGCUCCUCCAUCCACACCACCAGAUUCCUCCAACAGCUCUUUAUGUCUUGUUGGGUUGUGGACACCACAGGCAAGAUCAACAUUAGUGACCUAUCCCUAAUUGCCCCUUGAACCUGCUCUCGCCAUUCCACAGGGCAAUUAAGAGUGGCACAGCACUGCUGCCUCACAGCUCCAGUGACGCGGGUUCGAUCAUGACCUCUGGUGCUGUCUGUGUGGAGUUUGCACGUUCUCCCUGUGACCGCGUGCGUUUCCUCCCACAUCCCAAAGACGUGCGGGCGGAUUAAGUUGCCCCCAAUGUAGGUAAUUGGUAAAAAACAAAUCAAAAGAGAGUUGAUGAGAAUGUUAGAAAGAAUAAAUUGCAUUACUAGAGAAAUAAGGAGAGGAAACCCCUUAAUUUUCAUGUUUAUCAUUAUUUGAAUUUGAAAUCUGCAGUUAUCCUGGUGAGAUUUGGACUCAGGCCUGUGAAUAAAUAUUCCAGGACACUAGAUACUAAUCCUGUAAAUGACAACAGACCAAUCUGUUCCAUGUGAUAGACACUUUGCCAAUCCCUCUGGAUUCAAUGGGAGCUUUCAAAAUCCAAGGAAGUUGUAAGUUUGUGUGUUGUUGGAGAAAGCAAGGUUAAAGACAGGGUCCAGGUUAGACAAAGAUCUCUCGCUUUGCUCAACACAGGCAGCAACAUGGGUGGCGGCUGGUAGAGCCGCUGUCUCAUGUCUGAGACCCGGGUUCAAUCCUGACCUCUGGUGCUGUCUGUGUGGACUUUGCACGUUCUCCCUGUGACCACGUGGGUUUCCCCUGGGUGCUCCGGUUUCCUCCCACAUCCCAAAGGUGUGAGUGUCAGUAGGUUAGUUGGUUAUUGUAAAUUGUCCCUCGUGAUAGAAUGUGGGGGGAGUUGAUGGGAAUGUGGGGAGAAUGAAAUGGGAUUAGUGUAAAUUGGUGGUUGAUGGUCUGCACAGACGGUGGGCUGAAGGGCCUGUUUCAGAGCUGUAUCUCCCUAUGACUUCCCCUUUGACCAGAGUCCGCAUUUCAUUAAGGAAAGUGGAGAUACUUCAGAGGAAAAUUCCCUCCGGACAGGAGUAAAACUCACCUUGCUCCAUGGAAGAUGCAUCUUGAGUUGUCCUUGUCUUAUACCAGUAGUUUCCUCUGUACAGUGGCCUCUGCCUACUCACUGAUCCUCCAACAAACGAGGGUCCGCUGUGAGACCCCACCAGGUAGCCAGUGGGAGGUAACAGGGAAUCCCCUCAGCACUGGUUGAGCACUUGUGUGGUGGGCCACCAGAUGAUAUGGAUGGGAGGAAGGCCUGGUGCACAUGCGAUGGGACUGAUUUUGUGUGAGGUUUAGAAGGAGCAGAAGGUCAGCCAGAAGGGUUUUAUGGCAUCUUAGAGGCACCUUUGGCAGGCAUCCUGUGGCCCUUAGUGAUCAAUCCUAUGGAUCCUACCAACCAGUCUCAUUGCCCUUAACAACUGCCCGUUGACCCUUUGCAACCAUCCCAAUGGCCUUUAGCAACCAGUCUCACAGCAACCAGUCCCUUGACCCUUAGCAACCACCCCAUGGCCCUUAGCAAUCAGUUUUGUAACCCUUAGCAACCAGUCCCUUGAUCCUUAGCAACAAUUCCAUGCCCUUAGCAACCAGUCCCUGAGCCCUUAGCGACCAUCCCAUGGCUCUUAACCAUCAGUUUUAUAGCCCUUAGCAACCGGCCACGGCCCUUAGCAACCGGACACGGAUCUUAGCAACCAUUCCGUGGCCCUUAGCAACCAGUCACAGCGACCAUUCUUAAAGCCCUAAGCAACCAGUCCCAUAGAAACCAGUCUGUCCCUCGACCCCAAACAGCCAACUGGACCUGCAAACUGCCUGGUGAUAACCCCCUGAUCAACGAAUGUAACUGUAAAGAAUUGAUGAGAUUCAAAGCCUUUUAAGACAAAGUUGUCCCCUUCAUCUGUUGAGCCGUGAGACCAUUCAACCCCUUGAACCUGUGGUACAGUAACGGGGGGGGAGGGGGGAGGCCAUUCAGCCCGAGUCUGUUACAGAAGAGCCUUGCCUACUAUUCAGUCAGGGACACCGUGCUUUGGUGAGGGAGGGGCGCAAGUGGGUUAUUUGCCGUUUUUUUUUAACCAGUUUGGGAGAAACAUUCCCACCUUAUCGUUUUUGCUUGCUUCCACCCAAGAAACAGACCAAUCACGCACCGUUUUUAGUGUUUGUGUUUGCUCACCAGGCCUGUGCAUUGGGCUCUGUGCACCGCAGACAGCUGCUUUUGUACCGCUGUAUUGUAUCGUAAAUUAAAUCGAUGCCUCUCUACAUUUCCGUAAGUGACUUUAACGUAAACUCUUGUGACACUGAAGAAAUAAAUAGAUUGCACAAAGCUUGCAUCUUUGAAAUAUGGUACAACUCAAACGUAAGGUGAUUGUGGAUAUGUUAA